AUGUCCCGGGCCGACAAUCAGUCUGACGGCGCCGCCACUGCAUCUCCAACCCGGCCCAGUUCAGCCUGGACCAACAACUCUCUUUUCACCGAUUCCGCCAUCAGUAUGAGAACCCGGUCACCAGCUCCCCUUGAGAAAGAGUCAAGCCCUUCGCACCCUGACGAAACGCAUGAUGAACACGCGAUUGCGGAUCGCCUCAAUGGCUUAGUCUCUGAAAUUUGGGCCUGCGAGCAGGAUGGACAGAUUCGAGGCGAGAAGAGACGGAAGAUUGAAAAGGCCAUGGACGAGAUCGAGGCUGUAUUGGAGGAUGAAGAAAGCGAUUCCGAAACGACACCACAAAGCCCAUCCGCGCCUUCACUUCUGCCGCACACGUCCGGUGCCUCACAGUCCGAUCUCGAGCUUAUCCGCAUGCACCUGUCUUCCACGGUGGAAUCCAUGCGCAUGAGGCAGCAAGAACAACGUCAUCUGCACCAAUUGGCAACUGAAAAGCUCGAGGCGAUCGCGCAGCGGUGUAUCCAACAAGAACGGCGCGUGCGAGAGUUCGCCGAAGAGAUAGUCAUCCUCAAGAAGCAGAAUCGCAACCUGAUACAACAGAAUGAGAAUCUCAACGUCCAGCUGAGCGAGAUCCAAUCCGAAUCUGCCAAGAAGGAGACCGCGGUCAAGGCCAUGUCGAGCGCGGUGUCCGGUUUGGAAGGAUGGAUUAAUGGUUCUCCAACAUCAGACCGAACUUCUCAUUCCCGGAAAAUUGUCACCAGAGGCCGAGGCAGAUUUCGUGGACGCUACUAUGUGGAGGAACCAGUUGACGGCCGAGGAUAUCAUGGUCUCGAUGGCGCGGCCGAUGCAAGGCUCUUACAGGAGGGUGUCACUGCGUGGCUUAGAGGUUUCCGCGAUGUGGAGGAGGAGUUGAGAUCGUCGCACACCGCCGCUAGAUUCGUUCCUGCCAAGGACUCCAGGACUGUCCGAGAAGACAGCGAUAAUGAAUGGGGUGAAUUCCAGACAGCUGGAGCAUGA